GUGAGGCAAAACAAAAAUGGCGUUGAUAGUUUACCAUAGUUGUUUGGAUACAGUCAGCUAACUUUAGAAGGGGCUGUGUGUAUAGUAGCAUGGGGACUAAUUUACUGAUUGCGGGGCCACCUUACGGCCAUGUUUUUUCCAGUGAAAAGUGGAGAAGUUCGUCACUCAUUGAAGGCUUAAAAGGUGGAGGUGUGAAGAUCCUGUUUGAGAAUGAACUCGGUGUGGUCGAUUUUUACCUGUCCAACAAAAGCACCAUCCUGUAUGUGUCUGAGUGCGACAUCAUAGCAGGAAACGGCUACAAAAGGAAGUUGGUUCGCUACAGAAAUACCAGCAACAGCUUCCAGGAGCUGGUGUUGGUGGAGAAGACCAAGCUCAGCGAGCAGUACUUCCCUGCUGUGCAGAAGUUUGUGGUUUUUGACCUGGGUCUGUCUCUGCUGCCAGUCAGCGGACAGACUGGCGCCUCACAACUCAUUACUCAUAUGGUUCUCCGUGAGAGUCAGGAGAACCCCUUUAGAAGGAGGAGUGAGUGUUGUCUGUUAGACCCGUUGGUCAUGGGUGUGGUCCAGAAGGUCCCUGGGGUGGGCAGAGUCCGAGCUCAGGCCCUGCUGCAGAACUUCUCAAGCAUCCAGCAGUUGUGCAAUGCCACCCCUGCUGAACUGGCGCUUAUCGUGGGCAAGGCUUGUGCUCAGCGGAUCCACAGCUUCUUCCACAGACACACUGCUACUGGAAGUUAAAGGAGCUGUAACUUUUUCAAUGACAGCUGGGCCAGCAUCAGAAACUUGCAGAAACACUUUGACUCACAUGGACACACUUGGUUUGAAUUUUUGGGUUAAAUUCCAACUUGACAGUUUUAUUUAAAAUGUACAAAUAUUAAGAAAUGAUAUAUUUUACUUUUAACUAUUUGAACAGACAUGUUGUCAAAACUGUGAAAAUUAUUUUAUUUAAAGACCCUCUUCAGUGAAAAUAUUUAUUUAUUCCUAUGUUAACAUAUCCAUGUAGAGUUUUUAUGUUCCGAAAGAUGCAUCAUGAGCAAAAAAAAAAAAAUGCAGUCAAUGACAUUGCUGAUUUUUCCACCUUGAAACUGCAACAUAGUGAUGACAGUCUCAAAAACACGGAUUCAUACGCUACAAACGUAAGCAAUCAAUCCUGUCACCUGCAGGGUAGGACUUUCUGUACCUUAAUUUUUCAGAGUUGGUUGCCAGUUUAAACAUGUUUGGCUGAAUUACUCCAAUAUCAUAACUUCCUAGUUGAAGUGGUGUGCUUAAGCUGCAGCGAGUUCCAAGGGGUGGGUGAAGAGUGAGACAAGAACUUCAUAGACCUCCAUUUUCUAGAGGACAUCUAUUUGAGGAUGAAUACUGGGUGUUAGUUUUGCAGGUAUUUGGUCAUAAACCAAACUGGACAAAAUGUGAGUUUGAUCAAGUGAUGCAACCAGAUGAAAAGGCACGUGAUCACUCAGCUUCUUGCAAUUCAUCCUGAGAUAAAUAUAAAUGUCUGUAUACAAUUUUACAGCAAUCUGUGAAAAAGUCAUUAUUAGGUAGUUAUUAUUUUUUGUUUUUUUUUUUAAAAAAAGGAAAAGUCAGUCAUAUGCUAUACAUGCACUACCAUUCAGAAGUUUGGGGUCACAUAGAAAUGUCCUUGGAAGAAACACGUUUUUUUUUUUUCAAUGAAGUUAACAUUAAAUGAAUCAGAAAUACAGUCUAGACAUUGUUCAUGUGGUAAGUGACUAUUCUAGCAGGAAACAGCUGAUUUUUAAUGGAAUAUCUCCAUAGGGGUACAGAGGAACAUUUCCAGCAACCAUCACUCCUGUGUUCUAAUGCUACAUUAUGUUAGCUAAUGGUGUUGAAAGGCUAAUUGAUGAUUAGAAAACCCUUGUGCAGUUAUGUUAGUACAUAAAAGUGAGUUUUCAUGGAAAGCAUGAAUUGUCUGGGUGACCCCAAAUGUUUGAGCAGUAGUGUAUGUUGGAUGAUUUUUGCAAUAUGCACUAACAUUUCUUAUUGUGACAAAUUUUUCAUAUUUGUACUCUGGAAUAAAUAAACUUCAAUCAUCUGUA